ACUCGAACUAAAAUUUAGGUUUAAAUGCCCAUUAUAUGCGGAUGCUCGAAUUUCACGUAGGUGCAGCAGAAACAUUCUUCAAUAUACUUGUAGCUCUCGCUUGUACGUCAAGAAAUAAGUCACGAGACUUUAGCUGCCUCGACAUAUUUCUUUUUCUCCUCGGUGGUACGUAAAGUCGUAAACGCAAGGUAAAUGGGUAUAUUUCCUGGAUUUGGUGCCUGGAUCAGUCAGAACACUCAACAGCCACGAAAAUCUCAAAAUGUUGAAUCCAAGAAAGUGAGAGAGAUGAAAAGUCACGAGGAUAGAGAUGACACAAAGGAGCAGUUAAAACUAUGGAGAGAAGCAGAAAAGAAAAAACAAUGGCGUGAACCUUCCCCUAAGGUGACGAAGAUGGAAGUAGUGAAUGAAUUAGAAUGGGGCUAUUGCCAUAUGAAAAUGGAUUUCGAACUAGGAUUGCCACCUCAGGCAGCUAAAGAAAUGUUAACUAAUCCAAACAAUCGAUCAUUCACCAGAAUUAUCAAACACCACGAGAAUGGGAAGUCGAGAGCGGCUGACAAAGUUUUGGCAUGGAAGUUCCUUAGGUGGUCGCGAACUAUCCCGAUAGGUGUUCGUGUACCUAAAAUCGCAGACCGAAAAUCAAUUGUUGUACGUUAUGACAUAGAGAAAAAAGACAUGAUGACGUUCAUGGAAAUGUUUGAGGUUAGCUGUACACUGGAGCCAAUGUAUGUAGAUUCAAAACGCUUGUGCAAGAACAUGAAGCCGAAGAGCCGAGAAGAAUACAAAAAAUGUAGUGGUGGACAAGGAAAGAUUGCGUCAAAGGUGGAACUGGAAAUGGUUUUUAAGCCUUCAUUUUUUUUCAAUGUGCCUCCGGUUUCUUGGUACAUUCGCUGGCUUACUGUCAAGACCAUGAAGGAUGUGGCCAGAGAUUUCCAAAUUCGGGCUGCUGCCAUCCGAGGUCGGUGAAAUGUAUGCGCCCCCAGUCCGGUAACAAUUGAUUUUUACCGUUUUGGUAUUAAAUACUCCCUCUAUUUUUUAAAGAUACAUAUUAUA